AUGGUUUACGGUCAGCAUCUCUUUAGAGACCUUUUCUAUUAUCACCUCGACAACUUCACCUCUCAGAUCGAUCCGACUGAAUUUGAAGCUGUUUUCACCAACUACUGGUUGAGUGGGUAUGUGGGGAUUAAAUUAGGACUACCACAAGUACAUGUUCAUCAUUCUUUGGGAAUCCUGAAGUUCCAGUCGGAACAGAUAACAGAAAUUGGUGAAAAAAGAAUGGUGGUGGAGCGGAAGAUUAACAAAAAAGCAUCAUGCAUAGUUCAUCAACUUAGAAAUGAACAAGGGCUAACCAAUGCAACAAAAGCAAUUCACAUUACUCCAGGCAUUGAGCUCGAGAAGUUCAAACAUCUAGACGAGGAACAUUCCAGAAAUAAGUUAAACUUUUCUUCCAGCGUUAUGAACGUUCUAUACGUUGGGAGAUUUUCUCCGGGGAAAGGAAUAAAGUUUGCACUCGAGGCACUCAGUAAAACAAAUAUACCGCUCACUUUUCGCCUUAUCGGAGAAUACGAGAUGUCUCCCUCAGAGCACCUUCUACAAGAGUACCCCCAGUUCAACUACCUUGGGGCAAAGCGAAUGAGUGAGUUAGUUGAGUAUAUGGCAGCCUCGGAUAUAAUGGUGGUCCCCUCGCUGUAUGAGGCAUUUGGACUGGUGGUUAUUGAGGGAAUGGCGGCAGGUUGCUGCAUGAUCGUUUCUGCGGUAGGGGGACCUGAUGAGCUUAUUGAAAACGGUGUGAAUGGACCUUCAGGAGACGCAGGAGCUAUUCUGGAAGCGUUUGAGAAGUUAGCGGGAAAUAAAAAGCUGAUUAGCUGA